CAGGGUACUGUUUAGCAUGUCGCAGGUGUUUUCCCUUCUUAAAGAUUCUAACAAGCGCGCAGUUUAGGGACCUGAUCUUCUGCAUGCGCUAGGUACUGUGUCCGUGCACCAAAUGCGCGGAUUCAUCAAAUGCGCGCAUCAACAAGAACGAGUCAAACUUCACACCCAUUUUGCUCAACGCCACUAUGUCGCUCAAUCUAGCCCUUGCAGAGAUAGCUUAAUUAAGCCCUUGCGAAAAUAUUCUGUAACGUACCUCACAGGCGAGUGGCCGGCCCGGGCGAGUGACUGGAUUUUGCCAAGACCACACCAAACUUCAUACAACCCAUAAUGUCUUAACGCAAAAAGGCUUAAAGUAUCUUAAAGGAAC